AUGACGGGCGAUUGGCGCUUCUUAUCAAUUGAUGCGAAGUUACGAGUCACAACCGGUUCACACGUACAGCCGAGUCUGAAACCUGAAUACCCUUGUUUCAACGUGCUUGCACUACAAGCACAUGGUGGUGAACGCAGUUCUCCUUCUAAUCGUCUCAAACACCCAGCCAUGCAACGUGUUGACAGGCAGACACGCCUCAAAAUAUACACGGUGCGGGAUAGCGUUAUUCGAUUCCGUGAUUUACGAGGUCCGUGUUUCAACAACAGUUUCCAAAAAGACAAGAUCAACACUACAACUACUACAAGAUGUCCGAGAGGGACAAAAUAA